AUGAAGUACGUCGUCGUCUCCGGAGGUGUCAUCUCUGGCAUCGGUAAGGGCGUAAUUGCCUCAAGUACCGGUUUGCUGCUCAAGACUCUCGGAGCUCGUGUGACUUCCAUCAAAAUUGACCCCUAUCUCAACGUCGAUGCCGGCACCAUGGCACCGACUGAGCAUGGUGAGGUCUUUGUGCUGAACGACGGCGGAGAGGCAGACCUUGACCUCGGAAACUAUGAGCGUUAUCUUGGAGUUACUCUCGGAAGAGAUAAUAAUAUCACCACCGGCAAGAUCUAUUCGCACUGCAUUAGCAAAGAGAGACGUGGUGACUACCUCGGCCGUACCGUUCAAAUCGUGCCACACUUGACCGACGCAAUCCAGGACUGGAUUGAACGUGUCGCUCGGACUCCCGUUGACGAAUCUAACGAGCAGCCCGAUGUCUGUGUCAUCGAACUUGGUGGCACUCUGGGUGACAUCGAGAGCGCUCCUUUCGUCGAGGGUUUACGUCAGCUCCGUCGCCGAGCUGGCAAGGAUAACUUCGUCCAAAUCCAUGUCAGCCUUGUCCCCGUAAUUGGGGAUGAGCUCAAGACUAAGCCCACACAACAAGCUAUUCGUGACGCUCGCUCAGCUGGUAUGAGUCCCGAUCUAAUUGCUUGUCGUUGUGAAAGGCCUCUGGAUCGGGCUACCACUGACAAAAUCGCUAUGUUCUGCCAGGUGGAGCCCGAGCAGGUCAUUGGCGUGCACAACGUCAGCUCCACUUAUCAUGUCCCGCUGCUCCUCGAGAAGCAGGGAUUCUUGCACGUGCUCAGUGAUCUUCUCAAGAUCCAGAAUGUUGAACUUCCUCAGUCUCUGGUGAUCAAGGGCCAGUCCACUUGGAAACAGUGGAAGGCUUUGACCACAUCCCAAGAGCACGUUUUCGACACCGUCGAGAUUGCUCUGGUCGGAAAGUAUGUCAGUCUCCAUGACUCCUAUCUUUCCGUCAUCAAAUCACUCGAGCAUGCUGCCAUGGCUUCUCGCAAGAAGCUCAACAUCAUUUGGGUCGACGCCUCGCAUUUCGAGCACAGUGCGAGGGCAGAAAACCCCCAAGACUAUCAUGCCGCGUGGCACGCCCUUACCACCGCCAAUGGAAUCCUAGUUCCUGGCGGCUUUGGUACCAGAGGUACCGAAGGUAUGAUGCUCGCCGCUCAGUGGGCCCGUACCAAGAAGGUGCCCUACCUGGGUAUUUGCCUGGGUAUGCAGAUUGCCGUGAUCGAGUAUGCUCGUCACGUCUGUGGUCUGGAGGGAGCCAACUCCGUCGAGUUGGAUGAACGUACCUCCCACCCCAUGAUCAUCUUCAUGCCUGAGAUCGACAAGGUCAAUCUUGGAGGUACAAUGAGACUCGGCUCGCGCCCAACCAUCUUCCAGGAGAACUCGGAGUGGUCUAAGCUCCGUGCACUUUACGGCCUUGACCGCACAUCCGUUGACGAGCGCCACCGCCACCGCUAUGAAGUGAACCCUGAAUACAUCGAUCAGCUGCAAAAGGCUGGGUUGCACUUCAUUGGAAAGGACGAUAAAGGAGAGCGCAUGGAGAUUGUCGAGCUCAAGGACCACCCCUGGUUCGUCGGUGUUCAGUUCCAUCCCGAGUAUCUCUCUCGUGUUCUGGCGCCUAGCAAGCCUUUCCUUGGCUUCGUUUCUGCUGCCGCUGGCGUCUUUGAUGAGGUCAUGAAGGCAUCCCAGGCGAAUGAGGCGGACAAGUUGGCCAACGGCAUUGACAACAUCAUCAUCUAA